GGAGCGUGGAGCGCCAUAUACGUCAGAGGAAAUUACUUUUUACGUCAUAUCAUCAAAAAAAUUUGAGCUUGCUGUUUACAAAGUUAAAGUUAUGUUCAAUGGUUAUGUUACACAGCAUGGCAUUUAAAAACAAUAAAAAACACGUUUUUUCUUGAUAAUUUUGAAAGUGAUAUGGAAGGCAAUCCAACAAACAUCAUUCGUAAUAAAUUAAAUGGUUUGAACCCGAGAGUAUCGUUGCAUGUUUGUGGAUGUAGAUCGUCCAAGCUAGAAGAGUCCUGAGAAGGACUGUUGUUGUUGAUGUUAACUGACGUUCUGAAAACCUUAUAGCGAUCCGCCUUAGUAUACUAAAAACACGCUUCUUGGGAUUUUGGAAUCUUGUUUAAUGUUUUCGAUUUGUUGGUAUACAACACUUUGGAGUGUGUCUAACUCUUGCAAGUCACGGGAAAGGGAGAAAAAAUGUUAAUUAUACUGAUAUGAGAUCCAAUUGUGAAAGUGAUGAUGAUUUUGAAGUUGAUUUUGAACCACAAACAAAGAAGGCGAAGCAUAAAAAGAAGGAAAUGAACAAAGAGAAGAAAGGCGAGAGAAGGCCUUUCGUUCGUGAAAAGUUGCACCAAAGAGAUAUAGAAAAAGCAAUUGAAAUGUCACUAAUAAAUACACCUUAUGACAGAAAGGAUAAUGAUGUUAGACAAAAUGAAAGCAGUCAUAUCAAAAUAAAUAGUGAAGGUAUCGAUGAUGAUGCACGCGACACCUGCGAUGCACGUGACACCUGCGAUAAGAGUAGUGCUAAAGUGAACAAGAUUCAUGACAAUGAUGUCGAAAGUGAUUCCAAUGAAAAGAAAAUUGUGAACCUGAAGAACGGCAAGAAAAUGUCUGGUGAGAGUCAUAUGUUUUCCGGGUCAUCCGACUACAAAUGCACCCCUGUUGUUGGUACAAAGGAGAAAAAGUCAUCACCUAUAAAUUCUUCCAAAGAGAACUUUGGACCUUUGAAAAAUGAAGGGAAAAUUUCCACAUUUUCAUGCGUUGGUACAAAGGAGAAAAAGUCAUCACCUAUAAAUUCUUCUAAAGAGAGCGUUAAGCAUAUGAAAAAUGAGGGGACAAUCUCAACAUUUUCUUCACCUAAACUGUUUACAAACAAAACCAGCGGUUCUUUUUGAUUUAAAAUUGGCAGGUCUGCAUGUCUAUCCUACGACUUAAAACUUUUGCCAUUAACCUUAUAUGAUGCCCAAGUAUUGACAUGCAAAAACUGGUAUUUGCGAUAGAUUUCAAUUGUCUCGGUUGCCUGUUUUGACCAAAACUCCCCAGUGAUCUCAAAUAUAUAUGCAUGUUCUACUUUGGUUGCUCCUAACAGUCGAUUCAUUUCAAUUGAAUUCAUGAUCCACGUUUAGAUAUACUAAAAGCAUAGAAACCUACAUUGUCUUGUAUUUUUAAGCUUUUGUAAGUUACAAGAAAAAUAUGCAUGUGUA